ACCAAAGUUACACCUACAAGUACCUACAUUGCUUUAAAUGGUCAGCUAUAUUAUCAGAAAAUAAUUAGAAAUAUUUAAAAUCAAAAUGUGACUUAAGAAAACAUCCAAAGCUGAAAGGGACCUGUCACACUGACAGCGAGGAGGGCACUUUCUGGUGAUUGGCUGCUAAGGGAGGAGGCAGUGUAUGUCCUGAUAAAUGUGAGGUUUCAUUGUCCCCUGACAAAUCAUCAAUGGCCAGAAAUAUUUAGCAGACACACUCUGAUGCUCACACACACACACACACACACACACACACACACAGCUUUACAGAAGUUAAAAGUUCCUUUUUUAUUGUACAGUCAAACUGCCUGCCUUAUUUAUGUCAUUUAAUUUUACAUCUCUGAAGGCCUAAAGGAGCAGUGCAGCAUAUACGUGCAUACUGUACCACUAGACAUACUUUGUUUUUUUGGUUUUCGUUGAGUGAGAGGAAAUUUUGAAACAUUGUGCAAUGGUGCCGCAAAGGUUUUGAAAGAUUGUGAGUGUUUUGCCAGCGAAGCAUCUGACAUUGGCCGUUUGGAGAAGAGGUCUCCAUGUUGCACCCCUACAGAAUGGAGAGUUAUCUCAUCCCGCCUCCUCCAGAAGAAAUGUACGAUCCUGAGAUCUACAGACAACAAAUAGAAUAUUAUAAUCCGUAUGUCUUUGAAGGAGAUAUCCAGGCAGAUCACUGGGACUAUCACUCUCAUCAUGUCCACCCAGUGGAGUUUGAUAACCUCCAGGAGACACAUUUCACAGAGCUGCAGAGCGUGCAGGCCCUGCACCCUCCCAGCCUGGUACGACAUGAUACGAUACGAUGCGACACCGACAGCCUGCUGGAUCCUAAUGUAGGCACACAUCCCCAUGUGUUGUCACAACCAGUAGCGUUCUUCCCUCGGCCUGUCUAUCAGCAUUUGUCCCAGCGUAGUUCUGAUGAUGAAGAGCGUGGAGGAAGGAGCCCCCCACUUGAGGUGUCUGAUGAGGAGAGUCUGAGAGAUCAAGUGCCUUUUAUGACAGCGGGAGAACUGGGCAAUAAAAAGAAGAUCCGUUUGUACCAGUUCCUGCUGGACCUCUUAAAAAACGGAGAGAUGAAAGACAGUAUCUGGUGGGUGGACAGAGACAAAGGGACAUUCCAGUUUUCUUCAAAGCACAAAGAGGCCCUCGCACACCGCUGGGGAAUCCAAAAGGGCAACCGCAAAAAAAUGACAUACCAGAAGAUGGCUCGUGCCUUGCGAAACUACGGCAAAACUGGAGAGGUGAAAAAGAUCAAGAAGAAGCUGACGUACCAGUUCAGCGACGAGGUGCUCGGAAAGAAUCAUCUAGAGAGAAAAUCGUACGUGUAGAUGAAGCAGAUACAAUAAUGCAGAUGCAAUCAUGAAGAUGAUGUAUGUAGGAAAAUGAGGCAUUACUGUAAGAGCAUUACUAACGUUUCCAGUCUGGUCGAUGGUGUUAUUUCAAUCACACCAUUACUGUUGUAAAGACGCUGCAUUAUGCAGCAAAAUGCUAACUACUGUACUGCCCACAACUGUGUGGAGCGAGACAUUAGAUCUGGACACAUCAUCCUCAAUGAGUCAUUCUCUAAUAACUCAUUCUUAGUAAGAAUGCAUCAUCCCAAGUGGAAAAUUCCAAAGAAAGAACGGCUGGACAAGUUUGUCAGAACAAAUGAUAAAAUAUUUCAAAGUAGCCAUGUGGAAAAUAAAGUUGGACUUUCAUGCUGAUCAUGUGUAACCUGUAAAAAUGUAGAAAUUUGUGGAUGGCAUCAGACUUUGAAAAUGUACAAAAUGACUCAGUAUCUACAUCUCUAAACAAUCACAAGUGUGAAUCUUGUCGCGUGUGCACAAGGUUUUUAAAGGGUCAAGAUGUGGAAAAAUGUUUUUAUUGACCUUUUGCAGUUAAACGUGUUUGGAGUUUCAUUUUAAAUAGCCCUACGCUCCCAUAACUGUGCAGGUAGAAAUAACCCUAGAAUAAGAACAAUUCAGGCAUUGAAAGAGCUCGAUUUAUACGCCUGUGACGUAUGUCACAGAUGUCUUUAUAUGAGUUGUUUGUGCUGUUAGACACACCCACACAAUCUUGGACUGUCAGCUGUGCUAUUCACUCAUUACCAUAUGGCUCCUCCCUCUCCCUUUGAAGAGGGGGUGUGGCUAACAACAGCUCCUUUACAUUUAAAGCAACAAAAAGAGAAACAAGUUGUUUCUUACAGAUGCAAAAAUAGGGUUGUUUUAGGAUGAAGUACUUCAGUAUCAAUGUAGUAUUUUUGACUACACAACUUAAUUUCUUAAUCUUUGCAUAGAAGUAAAAUAUUACAUUAAAAAGGACAACAUGUCCCCUUUACAAGCCUAACUGUGAAAUCUAACCACUCCCAGGAGGGGGCACCAAAUCUCUUUGUAGCUACUGUGGCCAAAGUCUGACCUGCAAAACAUGUCAUGUUCUUGGUUUCUGGUAGGCAUCAGCUAUGUUUACAUUAAUGGCUGAAGUGGACCAGACCCAACAUUUCCUGUCCUAAAUCUCAGGCAUAGCCAAGCUCAGUUUAUAUCCAGAUGUAAAUUGCUUUUUAAAUGUCAAAAUGUGUGACAUUUCACUGCAUAAAAGCUGGAUUAACACUGGUGCAGAUACAUUUCCCUCAAAAGAAUGAGUCAUGACAAAGUGGUAAUCAGACUUUACUGUAAAGAAAGAAAUAAAA